AUGCAUAAUGACUCAAUAAAAGGUAGCAGUCCUUCCUCAGGAACUACAACGCAGCUGAAUAGCCCGUCACGUUAUGCGGAAUACAUAAACGUUUCCCCACCAGCCCACGGCCCGUUGGCCCAACUCGGCUCUGCUCUGCCUAUAUCCUCUAGAGCUUCCCAGGGAGAUAGGUGGGCUUGCAAGACGCCACAACCAACUAGCGACAACAGACUUGUGGAAUGUCCACUGUAUGUACCCAUUGCUGGAUUUCCGUUCUCUUCGCCAGGAGGCAUUCCUAACGGCUUCUAUCCACCCGAUCUCUUCUGGAAAGUUCAAGCGGAUCUGCCUUACCUUGCCACCGAAGAGAACCGAUUCUUCUUCAAUCUUUGUUUCCGCGCCAACAUGCCCCCGCCCAAUCCAUUUGAUAAUGCAUACUGGUGGGCUGUUAGUCCUGCUGGCCAGGCAUUCUGUGACACAACUCUAUAUUCAUUAAUGACAGACUUGGCUCCCCAUCAUUUCGUUCUGACUACAUUUGCCCUUCUUUCCUAUUAUAGGAUUGUAAAUGGGAGCAACGCCUUUGUUCCGAUUCCGAAUUGCGAGAGAUUCUUUUCCGAGUUCCAGAAACUGCAUCCCUUUCGCGACACCAAGGAAAGUGCUGGGGGGCUCCUGGAGCGUGUGGCAUUUGCAGUGAUUAGCACGGGGAGCAGUCUUCAAUCAGCGGUCCUUGCAGUUCCCUAUCUACGGCCUUGGCAACUCUAUGACUGCAUGGAAUAUAACCCAUCUACAGCGCAACUUGACGUAUACUGUAGUGCGAGGAUAGCGAGGAAUUGCUCUCACAAGGAGGCAGUCUGCUCUAUGAAUGGCGUUUUCGGGCUCAGAGACGGAGACCUGACCCGAAGUUAG